GCGCUACGAGCCUAGCCAACGAGAGAGGAUUUAUAGUGAGGGGGAGAGGACAAGCGCAGGCCAGUCCAGGCGGGGGGCGCUCGCGGCGGCAGCUUUCCGUUCACGCCCACGCCACGGCGAAAAGGGGCCGACGUCGCCCGUCCCCUACCCCGGCCUCCCCCUCCAGACCAUAAUCCCAUUUACUACCGCUCCCUUCUUCCUCCUCCAGACAAGCAACCACCUCCCUCCGUACCAGACAGAUAUCGCUCGCUCUGUUCCUCCUCCUCUGCUCGCCCUUCUUCCUCCUCUCCAGCACGUCCUCCGCAGCUGUUGUUGCCGCCGCCGCGGGGAGGAUUCUGCUCCGCGCCGGCGCCGAUCGACGCGAUGCGAGGUGUGGGGAGAGAGAAAGAGGAUUUGUAGGAAGGAGAAGCCUUUUUGGAUGGUGGUGGAUAUGGAGGAUGAGGGCCGGAGGGAGAAGAAGAGGCUGGCGGCGGUGGUUGGGGUCACGAGGAGGCACGUGAUGAGGAGCGGCUCGUCGUCCUCCUCCUCCUCGCCGACUUCAUUGCCUCCCCCUGCCGCUGCUGACAGCAACAUGAACGAGAGCGAGGGCGGGGAUCACGUCGCCGAACUCAAGCGUAAGAAAGGGAAGAAACCCAAGCCCCUGAAGUGGAGAUCAACCAACAGCGACAUGAACAAUCAUCGCAACGGCGAGGCCGAAGAAGGUUCCGACGGAGGCCGCGACGACGACGAUACGGUCCUCUCCUCACUGACCAGAUCCGCCACUCCUAGCAGCAGCAGCAGCCUGAUCAUCAGGAAGAGGCCGAGGACCCUCGGAAAGGUGGCUGAGGGCUGUGAUGCCGUGGACCCGCCGGUUCCUAGGAAAUUGAGAUCAGCCAUAAUCAAGCGCGUCGGUCAGGCUGUUCCUUCGUCGCCGCGGCAUGCCAAGAAGAGGCGUCAUCUUUCAGCUAUCAGUGCUCAGAUUUUUCAGAUGGAUCGUGAAACAAGAACCGACGAGACCAUGCCAUCGAAUUCUUUCACAAAGGAGGAGGAAGUACUUGCUGAUACUUUGCUAGCACUAUCCCAAAUAGCCCCACCUUCUGAGCCAAAAGCCGACACGGCGACGGAGCAAGAUAUCUCAAACACAAAUGUUGCCUCAACUUCUUGUUCAGAAGGUGUGAUUACUCCUACUGGAGCUAUCAAGGAGGAUGACAGAAUAACUUUGUUGCCAACUGAUGCUAACAAAGUGGUUACGCAGUCUGGCUGCGCAGAUCAACAAGUGGAACCAACUGCUACUGCUAGUGUUCCACAACUAAAUCCUGCUGUAGGUGCUCCUCGCAUCAGCAUAAAUCCUGAUCCUCCCAAAGAUGGACAGAUACAGGACCUUUCUUUGGGACUUUUCGCGAAUUCGCCAAGUCCACCUAAAGAGUCCUUCAAUAAAAGCGCUUGGAAGAAGCCGAAGGCACAGUUUGAUGGUAGUCUAAGUCUAACUAACCAGACAAAGAAGGAGGCUCCUCACUGGCUGCUGAACCGCAAUAAAUCUGGUUUUGUGGCACAUGAUAGAACAAAAGAUGAGAAUAGCAGUGCCAAAGAAUUUACGCCUGCCAUCCAGGCUCCGCUACCUUGUACAUCUACUGGGUCUUCAAAAAAGCCCUCUUCAAGUACAUUGGGUGCAUGCACAAUAUCUGGCAAAGAAAUUACUACAGCCUGGGCAAUUGCAAAUAAUGACAAGCUUUCCCUUCCUGAAAAUGGUGGCUCUGCAAAGACAUGGAAGAGAAGUGUUACCCAUGCCUAUGUGAGUCAUCUCAUCCAAAACCAUUUGGACAAAGACAAGGCGUCACAAAAUCAAGUAAUCACCCAGGAGAGAUCACACAGCCGCAUUUCAAGCUCUCCAAGCGUCUCCACCUUGAAUAAGAAUGGCAUGCAUUUCGACGGGGGGAACCCAGUUCAGCCUUCUAUCGGGGUUUGCGACAUGGCUCCUGGUCGGCAAGCAAUGGUCAGCACUGAUUACCUGAACUUGCCCACCUCGGCGGCAUUCUCGGGGCCACAGUAUGUUCAGUAUAUGCAUCCCCAGAUGAUCGCCACUCACCACGGUCCGGCGCCGUAUCAGUCGUAUUCGCAUCUCCCUUGUAGCAGAGGGAAUGUGGCACCCGUGAUGUCGAUCCAGCAGCAGCAGAUGCAGCAGUACAUGUGCGGUCCGGGGUACGCGCCGCACCCCGGCGUGCCGGCGAGCCAGGCCGCCAUGAAGCUCCAGCAGUUCGCGCCGACUCCGCAGCAGCAGCAGCAGAUGUGGCAGUACCAUUUCUCCCAGUACCAGCCGAGGCAAGCAGCAGAGGGCGCGGCCGCGGCGUGGCAGAGCGGCCGGCUCCGGGACAUGCCGUCGUCCGGCUCCCUGCGGCCGAUGCAGGCGCUCCAUGCUCCCCCGGCGAUGGCGCCGCCGCAGAUGGAGCUCCUCUGCGCGCCGUACCAGGGCGGCGGCGGCGGCGGGGCCAGACGACCGCCGCAGCUCAGGCUGAUCUAGUAGUGGCGAGUGAGCGAGUGAUGUGUAGAUCUUAAAGAAAGAAAGGAGAUCGUCGGUCCCCGGCGCUGCGUUUACUUUGACCUGACAACAGAGGAUGGUUCUGAGAAAAUUAUAGCAGUGGUGUGAUGUGACUUAUGACUUGUGAGUGGCUGAGGCCGGGAGGGGAAGGGGGCAAAUUUUAACUGUGAUUAGCAUAAUUUUCUGUUCGUCGACCAGUUUUAAAGUUUUAAUAAUGUGGAAAUGGGAUACUGUAGUUUUCCUCUA